UUCGCCCUGUUUCGCAGAUCCAUCGAUUCUCAUCUCUCUCUGCAACAAUCGCCGCUCUCAGGCCGCUGCUGCUGCUGCUGUUGCUGCCAACAGCAAGGCCACAGCUCCUCGUCACGCCCCUCGUUUCUCCUCGAUCUCUCGGUUCGUCUGUGAAGAGCUCGGCGCGCGUGCCCGUCGUCGUCGUCGUGCCUUUAUCACUGAUUCAUCAGCAUUUCGGUGGCUGUUUCGUCAUAGUGUGCUGAUUUUAAUUUUAGUUUUUGGACGUCUAGAGUGUCUUUUUUAUCGCGGUGUCUAUUCGAGUGUUUCAGGGCGAGUGCUGUGGUGGCUUGUUGUGUGGAGAGAAGGGGUUAGCUUUUUUUUUUUUUUUUUUUUUUUUUUUUUUUUUAAUUUUUUUUAUUUCCCACUCUUCUUUUUGUUUUUUUGUGCUUUCUUUCUUUCUUUUAUAGAAGGAUAUAUUUUUUUCUGUCAUUCUUAAUGUUUUAGAUAUUAUUUUUUCUACGAUUUAAAAACUUUUUGGAAGUUCUAGUUUUGUUUAGUUGUAUGGUAUGAGCAUUUUUGGGCGGCUUUAGUCUUGUUUACAUCCGUUGCAGUUUAUUGCGGGUGGAUGCGUAUCCCUCAGAGAAGUCAGAAUUGAUUUGCUCCUGUGGUGCUAGAUUUUUUAGUUGGGGUUGCAGAGCAGUGGCGACUCAGGAUAGAGUAUCGUGAUCCUGCUUGGUUCCUGGGCCUUAGGUCUACCUGUUUACUCGAACAUCAGAAGCCUUGGCAACAUUUUACGGUUAAGCUGCUAAAGAGUAGGAACCAUGGCGUCUCCUGUAGCAACGGCACAAGUUGUCGGAAAUGCAUUUGUGAACCAGUAUUACAAUGUACUACACCAAUCCCCACAAGUAGUGCAUCGGUUUUACACUGAUGCCAGUCACAUGACCCGAGCGGAAGCGGGAGCCGGUGGGGCAGUGGAUGUGGCUCACACCCAAGAUCAAAUUCACCACAAGGUGAUGUCCUCUGACUACAGUGAGUUCAAGGCUGAAAUCAAGACUGUCGACUCACAGGAUUCCCUGAGUGGUGGAGUUCUUGUCCUGGUCACCGGUUCUCUCUCAACCAAACCAACUGGAAAGAGGAACUUCGUCCAAAGCUUCUUUUUAGCUCCUCAGGAGAAGGGCUACUUUGUUCUGAAUGACGUAUUCCGUUACCUCGACGAUGAAGAACAACAGCAGACGAAGUCUGUCCCCUCUCUUGCUAACGGUGUUGCUGAAGGUGCAUACUCGCAUCAACAGGCUCCUGAACCAGUUGUGGAGCAACCUACUCCAGCUCCAGCGCCAGAAGUUGUGAGGGAAGUCACUCCCGAACCAGUUCCCGAGAACGAGGCGACAGCGCAGGAAGUUUUCGAUGAUGAAGGCUCCACAGGAGCGGAAGAAGAGAAACACACUGGCCAGGUUCCUGUUGAGGACAACACUUCUCCCGUAAUUGAAGAACCUGAGUCACCAAUGGUGCAAACAACUCCAGUCAGGGACAAUCCUGUGCCUGUUCAGGAACCAGAAUCAGUUGGUGAACAGCCUAAGAAGUCAUAUGCGUCUAUUUUGAGGGUUAUCGGAGCGCCUCCUCCUCCCAAGGCUCCUCAACCUGUUGCUGAGCGUCCAGCAGCUUCAUCCGCUCCUGCUCCUGUCGUAGCUGCACCAUCUCAUGAUAAUCAUGAGGAUGCUGCCCCUGUUGAAACUGAAGCUGAUGGGCGGUCAGUUUAUGUGAAAAAUCUCCCGAUGAACUAUACUGCCUCUGAAUUGGAACAAGUAUUCAAAAACUUUGGACCUGUCAAGCCGAAUGGUGUCAAUGUUAGGAGCCAAAAGCAAGGCGUUUGCUACGCGUUUGUAGAGUUUGAGGAGGCAACAGCUGCACAAAGUGCAAUUGAGGCUUCCCCUGUCCAAAUCAAUGGUCGCCCGGUUUACAUCGAAGAAAAGAAGCCAAUGGGGAGAGCUCCAAGACGUCUAAACGACACCCGGAGCGAUCGCCCAUAUCGUGGAGAUGGAAUAAGAGGGCGUGGAUCAUAUAGUGGGCGGAACCCUGGUAGGGGUUCAAGUCAUGACACACGAGAACGCGAUGGUAACAGGGGAGGACGUGGCUCAGGGCCUGCACGUGGUGGUUACUCAACAUCAAAUAAUGGAGGUGCACCAGCUAACAGUGAGAGGCGUUCUGAAGGGCAAAGGGCACCCAGGCGUGUUCCCAACGGACCUGCCUCCCGCAGUAAUGUCACCCCUCCAGUUGCAGCUGCGUGAGACUGGCUACCAGAAUCUAUUCAUUCAGCUGGUGCAUUUUUGACUUCGAAUUGGUCAGCUUUGCAGCUCUUCUUUGGACUCAUGUUCCAUUUUUGUUUGCUUUCGGGGUUCAUUGGGUAAUUCCGAUAAGAAUAGCAUGUGGAAGCAAGGUUUGCAAUUAGUGCUAUCAAGAUUUGCAUGUAGUGCUAAGUAGAGGUUUACACCCGCCCCACUGUCAUGAUUUCUAGUGAGACUAUCUUAAAUUGUAAGACCAUGAUUGGUUGAUAGGUUAUCUUAACAUAAUGGAUACUCUGCUCAUAGCUGUUCCUGUAGCAUCAUUGGUUCAUAUAUGCAACAGUUCAUGAUUACUUCAUUGGUA